AAACACCAAAAAGGCAUCUUAUCUAUAUCAUCAUGUAGUCAUGGUCAUAAUACAAGUAGAAUUGAAUUGAAACUUGUGGACCGAACAGAAAAAACGUUGCUUUCCCUCUACUCCAAAUGCUUUGAUGAUGAAGUAAAUCCCUAAAAAUUCCACCAUAGAUAUGCACCUUCAUCCGCCAUUGAAGCUGCUGCAACAUCCAUCCACCCUCUUUUCUUUUGCUUCUUUUUUGUGGGUGCAAAGUCAGAGGUUUUUGAUUAAAGAAAGAGAAAGAGAAAGGUGAACGUCUUUUCUCUGCCGCGGAAAGUGGGAAAGUACCAUUUUGACAGUUCGUUUCUUCCGUCAUUUUCCGUCAGCGCUGCUUUUAAUUUUUUUCAGUUUUCCACCUCCACUUGAAUUGUGAUUUUGCUUCCUACAAUCGUUUUCAUCGGAAUAUUUGCUUCUGUGGCUUCGUCUUUCUUCGCUUUUUUUUUGUAUUUUGAUGGAGAAACGUGAAGAAAUGGGUGUGGACUCGUUUCAAUUCGGUGAAGAAAUUCAGAGCUUGAUGUCGGUUGUACAACCGCCGGAGGCCGGCAAUUCGUUCACGGCUCUACUUGAACUCCCGCCGAAUCAGGCCGUGAAGCUCUUACACUCCCCCGAGGAAACCACACCUAAUAUUUUCCCCUCGGUGUUUGCCGUCAUCGAAACGGACAAUUCACUGGACACAACGAGCUCAAUUCGCCCGAAUUCGAGCCCUAAUAACUGCAAUUUGGUGAAACAAGAACCUAUUGAUUCCUAUUCCUUACAUAAUUCAUCACCUAUGCAGUCAGAUCCGAUAAUCUCGAAAUCAGCGAAGCGUAAGGAACGAGAAAAGAAGGUUAAAUCAUCAGCCAAGAAGAGCAAAAACGUCGCCGAUGAGACAGACGGCGAGAAGCUGCCGUACGUCCAUGUUCGUGCUCGGCGGGGUCAAGCAACAGACAGCCAUAGCUUAGCAGAACGAGCAAGAAGAGAGAAAAUCAAUGCUAGGAUGAAGCUCCUUCAAGAACUGGUCCCUGGUUGUAAUAAGAUUUCAGGUACAGCAAUGGUGCUUGACGAGAUUAUCAAUCAUGUACAAUGCCUGCAACGUCAAGUGGAGUUCUUAUCAAUGAGACUGGCUGCUGUCCACCCGAGUAUCGAUAUCAACCUUGAGAACAUGUUCUCUGCAGAGAGUGGGUCACUUAUGGACUGUAAUUUCGGUGGCCUGGUUUCAUCGGUAGAUGGACAACUGAAUGGAAGCAGCCACCACCAGCAGCAGCUAUGGCACACUGAUGCGCUACCUCCCCAGCCGUUAUGGGGUGGGGAAGAGGUCACCCCUAACUUCAUCACACCAGAAAACUCUCUUCUAAGUUACGACUCUUCUGGCAAUUCAGGUUGUUUACAUACGAACCAGCUGAAAAUGGAGUUAUGAAGACGGGAUUCGGGUGAGUGGUAGGGUAGGGAGCAUUGUAUAUAUGGGAAGAAGAAAGUUAUGGAUAGAAUAUAGCAGCAGAGUAAGUUAGAGAGAGAAGAAGAAGGAGGAGGAGGUUGCUGAAUGAUUGAUAAGUAGGCUUAGAAAUGCAUCCAGAUUUGAGUAUAUAUAAUUAUAUAUGAAUGAUAUAUCAUAUUAUAUAUGAGUUUGGAGUCUGUGUCUGUCCAUGUAGCACUUCUCCAUUCUGAGGUUCAGCCAGUCUUGUGCCCUACUUACACCAUUCA